UCAACCCCCCAAUCAGAACCUGGCUGUGGUCUUUCAGAUAUAAGCUUCAGGACGCUCACAGCUCCCCGUACAGAUCUCAGGAGGGAGGACAUUCAACUGAAAGCCUGAACAUAACAUGAUGGCUUUGCUCAAGAUGGCUUUGCUUCUCUUCGCUGGUCUUCAAGGCUGUGCUCUGACUUCGGCUUUCAACGUCGAUGGUUUGCAACGUUUUCCAGAUGCCCUGAGAGCUACUGGGGACAUCUGCCAGGACUGCACCCAAAUAUUCGAACUCCUUGCUGACCUGUUUUCCAACGCUGAGCUCCAAAAAAAGAUGAUGGAUGGCAUUGAAAGUCUGUGUGGCCACCUGCCCGGACCAGCGACUGCUGCACGCUGCAAAGAAGAGGUGGAGAAGAUGCUUCCACUGGUCAUCAACUUCAUUGCUGGUUUCGCAAAACCAGCAGAGGUCUGCAAAGUCAUCGGAUUCUGUGGCUCCUGUGACAAGCAGGAGAAGAUGCUCAGUUAUUUUGUCAAGGAGGCCCUUCAGGUUGCUGCAAAAAGGGAACAUGUGCAGCCCGCCAUACUGUGCUCCUUCUGUGUUUUUCUGAUCCGGAGUUUGGAGGACAUGCUCCCUAAAGGAAGUACUGAGAAGGCCGUGAUCAAGCUGCUGGAGGAGAUUUGUCGUAUUUUGCCUUCCUCCUACCGAGAUCAGUGCGAGGCCGUGAUUGGCAGGUUCAGCAAGACGGUGCUGGAUGCAAUCCUGAGCUAUGCCACCCCUCAGGUCGUCUGCGCUCUCAUCCAGCUGUGCCAGGAGCAGGAGGCUCCUCUUGUAGACCCAUGCACUUUGGCAACCUACAGGUGCAGAGACGUGACUAAUGCCCUCAAAUGUGGAACUUUGUUUUACUGCCAGAAAUUUGCCUGGAAGCCUCUCAACACACUUUAAAAUGUUACGGGUGGACCCAAAAACACGAGUCAAACUCAGUGUCCCAAUGAUGCAUCAACGCCAAACUGCAAAUAUUAAAUCAUACUGCGUGACACCUGUGGCAUUGCUUUCCAAUUUGAUAUCUUACUACAUUUUUGGAUUUUGCUUAGUAUAUACCGUCUGCAUUGAGUGAAGAAAACCAGGACUUAGUUAAAAUAUCAUGACAAAAAGAUUAUUUUAACUUCUGUAGUAAACAGUAUGUGGAUCAGAUAUGAACAUUUUUUUGGUAUAAAAGAUGAGAAUUUUCCAUUUUAAACUUAAAAGGUUGCAGAGCUUCAUCCACUUUUAAGUUUCUUCCUGUACUUUGUCAGAUUAUCUCAGAAGAAUUAUCUGACUCAAUAGUUAAAUAAACAUCACUGAAUCAGUCUUGUCUUCUACCAAUAAAGCAGCAUUUAAAAUAUUUCUCUA